AUUUAAAUGAGUAACAGAAAUCAGGAGUGGAUUAAAUACAAGGGAUAUAUAUAUGUGUUAUCAUAUUUCAUUUGUUAUUGUUGGUAAAACAUUCAAAAACAUGGAAUACUGAAUCGGGGAAAAUACUUGAUGCACUUUCGUCUGCAGAUAGCUAGCUCGACAUUGUAUAGAAUCUAAUAUCAUCAGAUCAGUGUUAUGAUUUUGUGCUAUUUAUCAUAUGGAUGUAAAUUUGAAUACAGUGUCAGUACAGUGUAUUGGUGAAAAUUGAUUUGUUCAGUGAAUUAAAAUUCAAAGUUAUGCUUUGUAGUGUGGAUAAAUACUGGAGUUUAAAUAGCAGACGAAAAUUCUGAUAAGUGUAGAGAGAGAAUCGUUUGGGAGAGUGGUUUAAUGUGUGGGCUAGUGAGUGGUUAAGUGAAAGAAAAGAAUAAUAAUAUUUGUACAGAAGUUUUGUCACACUGAGGUGGUACAAGCAGGCAGUCGAAAUCUGAAAUCUUCAGACCGAAGGUUGUUUUAACCAAAUGUUAAGAAGAAAAAGGACAUUGGCAGCCAAAAACCCUUGUUUUAAAGACACACCUAAACUUAAAGAUUUGAAUUGCUGAGCCCACAGACACUGGAGGCCAUGAUACUGCUCAAACCAGUCCAGACAAGGGGGAAAUAACUCCUGAUUUAAUUGCCUUGGAACCUAAAAACUCUAGAGAAUGCCAGCGUCAAGCCUGUCUCCAUAAAACAUUCACACACACACAAGGUGCUGUUGCCCAAGAAAGUCUUCCUCCUGCUUGAUACUGCGGUUGUCCACACUUACAAACAUUGACUCCUCACCACCAUGAGAUAUAAAGAGGCUGCUGUCUGCUGUAGGUCAGAAUGCAUACCACAUCGCCAUCUAUAAUGUCUCUGGCGGACACCAAGACAUGCGUUGAAGGGGAGGACAAUGACGGCGACGUCCUUAAACAGGAGAACCAGGAUCUAGCGGGGCUUUUGUCCUCUCCCGAAGGCAAGACACACCCCCUUGACCCCUCCGCCCCGCCUAACAAGGUGGAGGUCAAUAGCGACCCGUCCUCCUGCCCCGGCAACAACAUCAAGGAGGAGAUUAAAGAGGAAAUCACUGCAAUAAAGACAGAGCCCUCGAAUCCUGGAAGUGUCGGUAAACUGCCGAAUGGGGACGUAAAUCCAGACCUGGAGAAAGGUGUUCCUACUCCUGGUGACAUAAAACCCCAAGAAAAAGCAAAACAAGAACAGAAUGGCAACCCGCACACACCAGGGAUGGCAGACGGACAACAACCCACAUCAAACAACAUGCCCAAUAUGCACAGAAACAGUAUGCACUCUAUGGGUAUGAGUCCAGGCUCGGCAGGAGGGCCAAUGGGACCACACAUGGGCGGGCCACCCAUGGGCCCAGGCCCGCAGAUGGGGCCAGGCGGGAUGGGGCCUGGAAUGGGCGGGCAGGGACCGCCAGGCGUGAUGAUGGGAGGGCCCAUGUCAUCAGUUUCGGGCCCCGGACCAGGCGGUCCGCCCAUGGGGCCAAAUGGGCCACCCAUGGGGCCGAAUGGACCUGUGGGACCUAAUGGGAUGGUGGGACCGAACAGUGGGCCAAUGGGGCCGGGGCCUAAUGGGAUUGGCCCUAUGGGGCCGCAUAAUCAGCAGGUAGCUAGUGAAGGACAAUUGAUUCAACAGCAGAGUGAAAUUUUUGUCUUCACAACGCAGUUAGCGAAUGAAGCAGCCCAGGCUGUUCAGUCCGGCCAGUAUAAGAACAUUCUGUCGUACCAUAUGGAUCAGCCGGCAACGAAAUCCUUUCUUCAGAAGAACCCGAAAAUGAGGGCAAACAUGUAUAUGCAAAACAUGCGAGGCAGAAUGAACAACCCGAUGGGCGGUAUGCCCGGACCAGGAAUGGGGGGUCCCAUGGGGCCGUACGGACCGGGCCCGAACUCGUCCAGUAGCGUGGCACAGUGGGUGCAGCAACAAAAUCAAAACUUACAAGAGCAGGGACUCAGUAUGAGUGAUGGUGACCCUCGUAUGAUGAUGGGGCCAAAUAGUUCAAACUUUUCACAAAUGAUGAUGGAGGAUUUUGACUUUGGUGGGCCUGGCGGGCCGAUGAAUAGUAUGAGCAUGAUGCAAAACAAAGUUCCUAAUGAAAAUUUGACUCCUGAGCAAUUACAACGCAGACAAGAACAGUUAGCAAAUUUAAAAAAAAUUCAGCAGAUGUUAUUCCCGGAGCAACGUGGUCAGCAAGGUUUUCCCCCUGGGGGCCCCGGACCUGGCCUUGGGGGUCAGGGCAUGAUGCCCGGGGAUAUGGAAAUGUACCAGCAACACAUGGCAUCCAAGAGGGCUAUGAUGUCCCAGCAAGGCAUGAUGGGUGGGGGAAUGAUGGACUCUCGACAGGAAAUGAUGUCACAGGAACAAUUUAUGAUGUCACAGGGUAUGUCACAAUUUGGACCUGGUCCUCACCCACAAAACAUACAGAACAUGCCGCCCGCUCAGCGUGAGUGGAUACGACUGCAGCAAGAGCAUAUGGCAGAAAAACGGGCGCAACAACAGCCCCGAGGCAUGGGCCCUAAUGGUCCAAACGGGCCCCAAAUGGGUCCCGGUCAACCUCCCCCCUCGUACUACAGUUCUAUUGCUCAAAAACAACGCCAUGGCUCAGUGGGCAUGGGAUCUCCUACCUCACCAAAUAUGAAUGGACCUAUGGGAUCACCAUCGGUUGCACCAGUUGACCCCAAUGACCCAAUGAUGUUCCCUGGUCAACGAAAGGGCUCGUUUUCCAGUAUGGACCCGUUAGGGCCGUUGGGGCCUGCCGGAUUGGGCCCAGUAAUGGAACCUAUGAUGUCACAAGGAUCUCCAAUGAACCAUAACAUGGGCGGACACAUGGGCCCUAUGCCCCCAGGGCAUGGCCCCAUGAAGGGCUCAAAUGUGUCAAUACAACGGGCAGGCAACCCUGAACAAUUUGUGCCAGACUUGCCCGUUUCUGUGGCAAGCAGUUCAGCAAAUAAGCCUCCUCCAAGUUAUGCUCAGUCCACAAAGCGGAAACGGGACGAUAUGGAGGAAUUGUGUAAAAACUUACAACCGACUCCCUCACCUCAACAUAUAAGUUAUCUCAAUCAGUUUGAUGGCCAGGAACUGACUAUAACAAAACAAAUCAACACAGCAUAUCGUGAUACUAACACUAGUGAGUCCCAACAACCAAGCCAUUAUACUCAAAACAAUCAAAUGGUAAACUCUCCCUUGCAUGCACCAGGAUCAAACAAAGGGCCAAUGUCAAACUCGAGUCAGACAUCUAGUGGGCAGUUAGCAAGCCCGGGUCCCGUAAGUGUGUCACAAAAUUCAGGGCAGGGUCCCGGACCUAGCCCAUUGUCGGGCGCAAAUAUGCGCCUCACGCAUUAUGAUCCUCAACAACAACAAACACCUCAGAAUAGUGGUAGUAUGUCAAAUUCACCUACAACGCCAACAGGAAAAUCUUCAUUAUCGAACAUCACAUCAGCGAGUCUAGCAAAUUUAGCCAAAGGAGUGGAAAACCUUUCAAACCAAAUGCAGCAACACAUGAUGCAGGGUGGCCCUUUCCACAGCAUACAGAUGCAGAGUCAACAACAAGGGGGGCCUCAAUCAGGCAAUGGUAACGGUGGUCCCCUGACACCGCAGCCCUCACAGGCCCCCAACCAGCAGCCUAUGGCACACACCCCGCCUUCAAACACCACCCAGCCCCCCCAUACCACCCCAAGUGUGAACAAUACCUAUGUGAACGCAAACUUGUCCAUACAACAAGUAAACAUUCAAGGUGUGAACCAUGUUGCAGGUGCAGGGAACUCUAAUUACCCGAACGUCAGUUGCUCCUCUUCAAUGCAAGUUCAACAUAUGAAUAUGGAGCAAAACAUGAACAUGCAGCAACAGGCAAGUGGUGGAAUGACUUCUAUGUCACAGUCAAUGAGUAUGGCCCAAAGUAGUCUAGCGCAAAAUAACAUGACUUCAUCAUCUUGUAUGCCUCAUGGUGGAAAUAAGAUGAACACAGGACCAAUGCCCAUGAAGGAUGGAAACACCUUUGGUCACAUGGGGCCACCGUCAAACAUGCAUAAACAAAUGUCGCCUUUUGCUCAGUCUCAGAACCCACAACAAGUGCCUACAUCGGGUCGCAAUUCACCAGGCUUUCCCCCCAGCUCAAUGGGCAAUGCCAAUGUUCAGAUACAGCAGAAAGCUCCAAAUACUAUACAAUAUCUGCCUGCUAACCAAUCCAAUAUGCUUCCAGAUAACAAACCUUUGGGUAAACCAGACUUAGACUUCAUGAAUCAGUUCACAAAUCCAGGAGGUCCUAUUGGAAACAUGGAUGGAAAAGUGCCAACUUCAAAAAUGCAGUAUUUCUCCGGAGGUGGUGGUCCAGGUCAUGGGCCAGGGAGUAACAUUUACGGCCCAGGGGGCCCAAUGGGAAUGGGGCCAGGGAUUGACGGGAGAAUGGGGCCAGGAAUGAGCAUUGGGCCUGGAGGGCCUGAUCCAAGAUUUGGAGGUUCUUCCAUGUCAGAUCCACGGAUGGAUCCAAGAAUGGUCUCAUCAAUGGCUGGUGAUCCGAGAAUGGGGGGCGAUCCAAGAAUGGGCACUGAUCCCAGAAUGGGUGGAGAUCCAAGAAUGGGUGGAGAUCCAAGAAUGGGUUCUGAUCCCAGAAUGGGUGCUGAUCCCAGAAUGGGUACUGAUCCCAGAAUGGGUGCAGAUCCUAGAAUGGGCGCAGAUCCAAGAAUGGGCGCUGAUCAAAGAAUGGGAAGUGAUCCGAGAAUAGGCAAUGAUCCAAGGAUGGGUCCUCUGGGCCCUACAGGAGAUCCAAGGAUGGGUGGGCGGCCAGAUGGUAGGAUGGGGCCAGACAUGGGUAUGUCAGAUCCACGCUAUGGGCCAGGAGGCAUGGGGCCUAUGUCUGACCCGAGAAUGGGGCCGAGUUCUGGGUCUAUGAUGGGAAUGGGCCCAGGGUCAGGUCCCAUGGGUUCUAUGAGGCCAGGAUCAAGAGGCAGCCCUUUUACUGGGCCAAUAGGGCCUGCUGUUCAACAAUCCAUGAUGAUGCGAAGAGGAAGUCCUGACUUGCCAAUGGGAAACAGUUUUAGUCCAGACCCGAUGAGCAGUAUGAACUCUAGUUUAAGCAUGAGUGGUCCAAUGUCUAUGGGUGGAUCCUUGGGCGGCCCAAUGUCUGCACUCUCAUCGAUGAGUGGCAACCCCAUGACAUCCAUGAGCAACAUGUCAAACAGUAUAAUGAAUGAAUCCAUGGGCCCCAUGUCUGGAGGCCCGCAAGGGGGCGGAAUGGGUGGUCCAAUGCCUUACAACAGCCCGCCAUACAGUGGGGGUCCGAUGGGAAGCCCAAUGAUGCCCGGUGGUCCAGCAGGGAUGUCAGGACCCAGGAUGCAAGGGCCACCAGGAGGCAUGGCUGGGAGAUCAGGCCCAUUUCCACGACAGCCAAGCCCAGGCAUGAGAAUGUCAGGCCCAGGGAUGGUGGGUCCAGGUGGGCCGCUAAGUCCAGGAGCCCCAGCAUAUACUGCUAGCCCCCAAUAUCAGCAUUUCCAGCAGCAGCUCUAUGCCCAAGGGAGGCCUAGACAGAUGUCGCCCAUGGAUGGGAUGAUGGGAGGCCAGGGUGGUCCCCCAGGUCACAGUUAUGGGCACAUGGGUCCAGGAAUGAUGCCAAAUAUGCACGGAGGCAUGUGAGACUAGAUUAUACACAUUCAUAGAGAAAAAAAAUCAAUGUGGCAAAAGUGAGAGCUGUCAAGAAUCAGCAAUUCAGGGAUUUGCCUAAGAGUAAAACAAGAGCUGAACAGUUUGUGGGUUGUGGUUAAGAUGGUGAAAAAGGAAUGGUUUUAUGUGAAAUUGAUUGUAUAUUUGGCACAGAGAAAAGUUUGGCCACUUAUGAGUGGUUUGUGCUGUACAUGGUUGUGAAACAAAUUAUGCUGACAAGUUAAGCUGGUAAAUGGUAGAGGGAAGUUGUCAAAUGGAACCCAGAGCUGCCAAAGAGUGUGUCAGUUAACAUGAUGUUGAAAUUGAAACUUAAGCGUGGGUAACUAUAACUUACAAUGUAUGGACAAUGGUCCAAAUGAUACUUCAGUGAAGUUUAAAUAGCUCAAGGGAUUAUAAAACAUGUGUCAAUGAAUCAGAGGUUUAUGUGAUGCCGGAUUCUAGUUUUUACAGAUGCCAUAUUAUGUAACAUUACACUGGCUGAUAUUGGCUGGUAAAACUUUUGUGAGAUUUACUUUUGUUAUAAAUGCUCUUUUUAUAUACAGAGUAAUGGACAAAUGAUUCCAAAAUGCUUGAACAAUCCAGAUAUGGUUAUGAAACAAGACCGUGUCAAUGCUUAUAAUAUGGUACUGAUAGACAGAAUGAACAUGUCAAUAAAACAGUCUUUGUCUCAAGAUUUCAGUGAAUUUACUAGCUAGGCCCAAAUAUCACCAAAAAAAACGUAAGUGAAAUCUCAAUCUCUGUCUCAACUCAUUUGAUCAUAUAACAGUAUAACUUGAUUCAAAAUGUUAUGUUUUACUCUUUUUAAAAGGGCGUUCACUCUUAGAUUAAAGAUAUUUGGUCAAUGUUAUGUUUUACUCUUUUAAAAGGGUGUUCACUCUUAGAUUAAAGAUAUUUGGCCAAUAUUUUAUAAAGAAAAUAUUUCUUGGGCAAUAAUUGCACUUGAGUCCAAUUUAUAAAUUUCGAAUUAUUACUCCCAUAUAUUUUGUGCUUAAUUGUUUUGUUGAGAAAAAUGAACAAUGGUGUUUACAAUGAUGCACAAGACAAUGCACUGGUUAUAAUAGUAAAACUUUCCAUAAUGUCACAUGAUGACGUUGAAGAAUGAGUUGAGAUUGAGUUCUUAAGUUCUUUGGUUAUAUUGGGGCCAGAUAUUUCCGCACUUCCGAAAAUUGAAAACAAGUUAUCAUAUAAAAAAAAUGAUACAUUAGCUCAGAUAAUUUGUGUUAAAUAAUCAAGUAUUGCUAUUGACAGUUAUUUCUUCACUUAGCUGGAAACAAAGUAUUUAUGAUCUCAGGUUUCUGUGAACAAAAUGUUUAUUUCUAACACACUACUGCAAAAUAUCAACUGGGGAAGAUUUCUGAAAUUAUUUAUCACUCUAUGUCAUGCCAACUUUUCAAAACCGGAGCCACCAUUGUUUUGAUUUCAUAGAAUGAAAAUGUUUACAUAUUAUUCUCACUUCUUAGAAAGAAUGUUAGUAAGCAAAUACAUCAAUACUAGGAAUUAGCAUGUUAGUACUUCUUGUAAACAAACUCCUAAACUACAGCAUCAGAUACACUGCCAUAUAAAGGCUAGUUCUGCAUCUGAUGCUAGUUCUGGAUAUUAUUUACAAGAAUUUAAUAAACAAGCUUAGUCCAUAUUUUACACAUUUCAAAAUAAAACAUGUUCAAAAAAAUUAAAUCAAACAUUUGUUGAAGUUUCUAUUACUUUAAAAGCUAAUUGAAUGCAAUUGGUUAAAACUCAAAUUUAGGUGAACUGUUUUAUUAUAAAAACAACAUUUUUUUGAAGAAGUCUUAUAAAGGUAUAUAACUUUCAAGAACUUCAGAGCAACUUUUUUAAUUGGUGUCAAGUAUCAAGAGUAUUGCAUAUUAUCCUAACAUUAUGCUGUGGAUUAAGUUAUAUGGAAGCAUGUUUGGUUCUGAAUUGAAACUAUAUUUACAGAAGUAAUACUUGCAAACUGUUUUACUGUUACCUUAUAUGAGGGCAUUAUUACAUGGUCAAAUUCAGCAUAAUAAUUCAAGACAUGCUGCAUUUCCAUGUCGCUCACCAACCAAAGUUUCUAUAGAUAUGCCUUACCCAAAGACAAUUGCUAUAGGGAUAUUAAUGACUAGUUAAUCAGUUCAGAAUCAAAAUGUCUUCAAGCAAUUAAGUGUGAAAAGGCAUUUUUACAAGGAACUCUGUCCUAAUAUAUUUGUCUGUAAAUAAAAACAUUUUUAUCAUGUAUUUGUACAUACUGAUAUUUUUUCACAUCAUUCUUUUCUAGUGAUGUAUAUUUAAGACGUUAUACAUGUAUGCUAAUUUUGUCAUUACAAUCACUUUUAUUAUGUAUGUUUUUUCUGUUCUAUGAAUAUUUAUGAUUGGUUGUAUUAUAAUGAAUAUGUGAUUUUUAAAUGAUGUUGACAUUUUUUAGGAAAACCUAUUUUUCGUCCUCAUAAAAACUAUAAAUGAUUGUGUGCUCAUACAAAUUUGAUGUAUAAUCUCACCCCUUUUUACCGACUAUGAAAAGUGCAAUAGGCAAGCUAUAGAUGUAUAAUUUCUUAUUCUCAAUUCAUUAUGACUGCUCUGUAUUUGGACGCAUGCACUUUCAUUAAGUUGUUUCUUUACCAUUACAAUACAAUCUUUCCUUAUCUCUUUCAUCCUAACCACUGUUUUCUACAAACUUAUUAAUAAAACGGAUAAUCCCUUUAAGAAUUGUACCUUUAAGAAUUGUAUGGCUAUAAAACUUCAGAGCUUACAUGAAAGCAUGCUGUUAAUUUUCUUUACAUUGCAGAAUUACAUGAACAAAUCAUUUGUAAGUUGUAAGCAACAUUUUUUAAAUGAUUUGUUUAAUAGAAAAAGUGUAUACAUUGAGAGAAGUUCUCUUUUAACAUGUAUUCUAUUUUUGAUAUAUUUUAUAUGGAUGAUUAAAUUAUUUCUCUGCAAAGAGCAGUCAGGAAAGUGACUAUAUGAAGAAAGGGGGGAUAAGGGAUUUUUGCCAUUUUACAUUUUGUCGACAUCAUUCUCAUUUCAUACAAUAAACAAGUUAGAAGUAAAUCAUGAAACAAUUGCA